AUGAUUCAAACCAAACGACAAUUGAAUUUUAUUCAAGCGACCGGUACGAAUAUAAAAAGGUUACGAGUGGAACUUACGGAAAAUGACUCGUCGAAAGCGUGUUUAGAACACUUGGCCAAUGAGAUCUUCUACGAAAUAUUCGACUAUCUUGAUACGUGUGAUGUAUAUAAAGCAUUUUCGACUCUUAACAUUCGUUUUCAAGAUCUUUUAUUCUCGUCGUCAUAUCGAUUGAAAUUGAAUUUAUAUUCGCAAUCAGAAUCAAUACUGGAAAAUCGCUGUCGGCACUUGCUCAUUCCAAAUAGACAUCGUCUUCUGUCACUUCAUAUAAGAAAUGAAUCGAUAAUCGGUCAUUUUUUUAAUUUGUGUACUAUUGAUUCGUCGUUUACUUGUCUUGAAUCUGUUGUUCUUCAGCGAGUCGAAAUUCGACAACUUCUACAAAUUCUCUUCUAUUUAAAUUCUUUGCCUCGUCUCUUCUCACUGACGAUCGCAAUCGACGAAGAUUAUUAUUAUUGUAAUCUCGGUGACGUUUAUCGACUGAUUUUUUCUUUGCCAACAUUAAAAUAUAACAAAAUAUCAUUAGCAACAUACACAGAAGAGCUAUCAAUCGAUGUGCCAAUUACUAUUAAUGCAAAGUUCAGUUCUAUUAAAUACUUUAAUACUGACUAUAGUUGUACUUUGGGUCAACUUAGUUCGUUGAUUCGUUAUUUACCCAACCUUUGUCAUCUAAGAUGUGAGCAUGUGAUCGAAUCAGAGACCGAUGUAAAAAAAUAUUCACCAUUAAAAAUGUCACAUUUGACAAAGAUGUCUAUUGGUUGUCUUGGAACGGACUUUAAUGACUUUGAAGCGUUUAUGAAAGAAUUAACAAGUGAAUUACAAGUAUUACGUAUUAAUGGAUCUUAUUAUAUGGGUUAUCUUGAUGCUGACCGAUGGGAACGAUUGAUUAAAAACCGCAUGCCUUAUCUAAAAAUUUUUUAUUUACAAUGUGAUCAAUGUAUCGAUGAUAUUUCAAGUGAUGAUUCACCUCAUGAAUGCAUCAGUAAAUUUUCUUCAUCAUUUUGGCUUGCAAGAAAAUGGUACAGCGAACUGAAAAUCGAUCGUACCGAUGUGACUUUCUUGGUUUAUCCACAUAAAAAGGAAUGGUUCGAUUUGUACGAAUAUAUGAGACACGAUACGUAUUCUAAUCAAAAGUCGAUAGACAAUCAUUAUAGUCUUAGUCAACAAAAGAAGGAUUGCUGUUCCACUCUGGUUACUCUAGAAGAUUGUUCUAUUACCCGACGAUUUCAAUUUACUGCUGAUAUAUGGAAGCCUAUUUUUGAUGCUAUUCGAUUUACUCACUUGAAUAUUAGUAAUAGUAUUAACAUAUCUGUUAAAGUGCUCAUAGAGCUUUUACGUCUACUACCGAAUCUUGAAUCGUUAAAGAUAUCAUCUUUAUCAAUGGUUCAAUCAAAACUUUUAUCGAUUACAGAUACAAAAGAACAUCUUUCACUAUCAUUCAGUAACAAAAUUACAAAAGUUAGAAUCGAUAAAAUUACUGAAAAGUCGCAAAUUCAGUUUAUUAUCAAUCUUUGUCCACGUAUGAAAUAUUUCGAUGUAGAUUGUAUAUUAAACAUAGAUCUACGAAUGUUCAUCUCAUUUCUUUUGACAAAUCAAAUAACUCGCAUUCCUCAUCUUUGUUUUCUAUGUCUUAAUGUUCCUAGUGCAACCGAAAAUACUAUUCAAAUAAUAACAAGAACAAUUGAACUGGAAACAUUCAUUGAUAACUAUACCAUUCAGCGUGUUGAAAACAAAAUUUUCUUACAAUGGAAAUUAAAAGAAUAG